AUGGUGCACUGUGUGGCAUUUGGAUGCCGUAACAAAAGUGACGGUGGAACGAAAGGUUUUUUUCUAUUCCCGAAGGAUGAUAGUGAAGAAGUGGACAAAUGCCGUGAAAUCAUUGAGAAAUGUGAACGGAACGUUAAAGCCAUUUGUGCCGACGAAAACUUCACGUUUGUGCUCUUUUUUAGGGAUUCUCUGGUUGCCACAAGACCAACAGAAAACAAAAGCUUUCAAGUCAGGGUACAAGUGCGUGAAUUUGGGACCUCAACAAACAUUGAAACAAAAGAUAUGAUUUGUGGGCCAGAUAUACGAGAACAUCCGGUUGAAAAGGGCUUCCAGUUCCCAGAGAGUGAUGAUGGCAGCAAUGAAGUGUUGUCUGAUGAGGAAUUCAAUGACUCCAUUGAAAAUGACCCUGACUGGGAACCGUCCGAGGAGGAUCUAGCAGAUCAAGAGGAAGAUGAAGAAGAUGAUGAUGAGAAUUCGACAGUUUGGCAUGAUUGUAUGGAAGACACAUCUGAUCCUGUUGCAGAGAAGAAGUUUAUUGUCUUUGAAAGUUGUCUACUCCAGCUGUUUAAGUUGUGCCAUAUUUGUUCGGCAGUUUGUUAUAACAUUAAAAAGAAAGUUGUUGGAAGUAUGAUUAUUAUAGAGAGUGUAUGUGAAACUGGACAUCUAAAAACAUGGCGCAGUCAGACUGAACUAAAUGGUACUCCAACAGGGAAUUUGUUAGCAGCAGGUGGAAUUGUGUUUUCUGGAGCUUCUCCGAGUAAAGUGUUGAAUUUUUUCAGAUUCAUUAACAUAUCAAUGAUCUCAAUGAGUACAUUUACGCGACACCAAAAAUCCUUUGUAGUUCCUGCUAUUGCCAACACAUGGAAGGCUAAACAGACUGAAAAUCUAAUGGCAUGUAGGGGUCAGGAUGUAAGAGUAGGACUGGAUGCUCGCUGCUGUUCACCUGGCCAUACGGCUAAAUACGGAAGCUAUACCCUGAUGGAUUUAGAUACUGGACUUGUAUUAGCUACAGAAUUAGUACAGAGCAAUGAAGUGAAAAAUUCUAACGCUAUGGAGUUAGAAGGCUUGAAGAGAGCAAUAAGCACAGUACAGGAUGGGGGUGUGAAAUUGAGUGACAUUACAACAGAUCGACACGUUCAAGUACGCAAGUAUUUGCGAGAAAAUGAGAAGGAAAUUAACCAUUGGUUUGACACCUGGCAUGUUGCUAAAAGUGUGAAGACCAAACUUGCAACACUGUCCAAAAAGAGAGGAUGUGAGAAAGUGGGAAAAUGGUUACAGUCAAUUUCCAAUCAUCUCUACUUCUGUGCUGCUACAAGUGGGGGAGAUGGAGAAAUGGUUGAACAGAAAUGGCUAUCAGUUUUAAACCAUAUCACAAAUAAACAUGAAGGUCAUGGCAGAAAAUUUCCAAAAUGUACACACACACUUAUUGAAAGAGAUUGGAUUAAUGCAGGUUCAAAAGCACACAAAGAGUUACAGUUGUUACUUGGAAACAAGCGGCUAGUUUCAGAUAUCAGAAAGUUAUCUCCCGUUGACCAGACAUCAGGCCUUGAAGCUCACCAUAAAGUUGUGUGUCAGUUUGCGCCGAAAUUUGUUAGUUUCUCAUAUGCAGUCAUGAAGCAAAGAGUCAACCUAGCAGCCCUGCAUACAUGUUCAAAUGCUGGUAGAGCACAGGCAGUUACUAGAGAGGGGCUUCUUCGGUACAACCUAGGGUACCCAAAGUACAAAGGUGGAAAACAUACUGUGAAACCAAUCAUGGAGGAAUGCAAUUAUGAUUACAUUGACAAGCUAAAUUCAGAGCUGAUUCGACUUAGGAUGAAGUUCAGCUCUCACAAGAAAGCACAGGAAGCUGCAUAUCAACUUUAUGUUGCACCCCCACCCCUCUCAUCAGGAGCAAAUCAUGUCUCGAAGUCAGAAGCUAUUUCUGCUUUCAAAUCUAGGUAUUCAGGACACUAG